AUGGCGACUCUCAAGGUAACGGUGCAUGAGGCGCGGGACCUUCCUAUCAUGGAUCGCACCACCGGCCUCGCGGACCCCUACGUCCUUGUGAGGCUUGACGACACGGAGCAUACCACAGAUAUUGUGCAUAUGUCACGACACCCGGUAUGGAACACGGACCUCCGCAUUGACACGUCCGAUCUAUUUGUUCUGCAGGAGGACCCACUGGAGGUGCGUCUUUAUGAUCAUGACAUCAUCAGCCGCGAUGACCUCGUUGGGCUCACUUUUAUUGACUGCAAUUCAAUGGUGCUUCAGAGCCGCCCUUCCAUGAGUGGCUGGUUUCCUCUCUUUGACACCACUGAGGAGGGUAUUCGUGGCGAAAUUCGCCUCACGCUGAAAAUUAAGUUUCAUAACGCUGAAAACCCUCUUGCGCCACGAAUUCCCAUACGUUAUGCCCCACAUGUAAUCCCGCUUGACGUUGAGCAUGCAAACCGUGCGGAGGAUCAACUGCUGUCCUCAAAUCUGACGCCAGAGAUGCAUCUCUUGGACGGUUUUGAGCCGUUGCGGCCUCCGCAAAUGCAGCACCCUUCCAUCACUGCGGAUGAGGAAGGCAUUCUCAUUUUUUCCGCAUGGCGUUUAGACCCUUCUGUGUACCGCGUUGAGUCGGUGCUCACGAUGGUGGAGGAGCUUAUUGUGAAGGCGGAUCCGGAGCACUCCAAGCUGACCAAUUUGCGUAGUACUCGCACCACGAACGAGGCGCGUAUUGUUCAACUCUACAAACUCAGCGGAAAAGUACGACGCCAAUUGACUCGUAAAGUUGUGGAGGCUCAGUGCAACGCGGUGCUUGGGUAUGUCGAGGAGUUCGAUAUGGAUGCAAACGGCAUUGUUGUGCGGGGUUAUGGGACGCCGUGUGUUGUUUCUGCGGUUAAGUUUGUUGAUCGAGAGAAGACGGAAUCAUGCCUACCAACCACCACAAGAGUGGCAGUGAACCCAACGGAGACACCCUCCGGUUACCUCACGCCUGCACACGGUUCAUUCAAUAUGAUGUCGCCUAUGCCAGUCAUAGACUCGGUUGGCGGUGUUGCUGCUUCUGCAAUAGUGGAUGCACAGGGAACAGGAGCAGCCGCUGGCACACUACUAGUUCCCGCAAUGCAGCGCUCCUCAGUGCCAGGACCUGUAUUGUUGCCUCUUUCGUUAGCAGAAACCCAGAAUGUUACGCAGAUGGCAUUCCAUAGCUCCACACAACCUCCUCCACCUUUUUCAUCCGCUGCUCAGCCACAAUUUAUUUCAAUGCCUCAUGAUGGUCAUUCAGCAGUUAUUCUAAAAGCCGAUUAUGGGGCUCCAGGUUUACCACCACAGCAAUCAGUCACAGGGACACGUACCAAUGUGCUCAUGUUGACCCUCAAGGAUCUUCCCUAUGGUAUGAUAGAGCAUAUUGGAGGCUACAUUAGCGCACGGUCUGUAAAAAUUGUGGGCAAGUUUAAAAGCAAGGUAAGGCUCUCAUUACAGCUUGAUAGAUGGUGGAUAGAAUUACGAAAUGAACUCAAGGCGAAUGCGCGAGCCUUUAAUUGUAACGUCAUCUUAGGAUACGAAGAGGUUGUCAUGUACCAUGGAGAUGUGGCGGUGUUAUCGCUUUCUGGAACCGCGGUGGUGUUAAACUCCACAAUGUAUCCACUGCGUUGUGGUCCGGAAUAUAUUUACCAAACCGCACGAGAACGUUUUAGCACACAGAAAAAUUGUUCUGCGCUACAUUUACUUCACCCCAGUGUGCGUUUAACAGACUUGGUUGGAGAAACGGGAGCUGUCGCGCGGUGUAAUAUCUGUCAUCGCAAAUCCGUACCCGAGGUACUGCUUAUGACGUGUGCCAUGCCGCAGGAUCUCACGUGGGAAGAACCACCUAGACUUGUGCAUGCUGUUGUGUCCAAGGCAAAAAGUGACGUUCGCGGUGUGGACCUUGCCCUCGCCGUUUCACAGGCACUUCCCUAUAUUGAGUACUCCUUGCACAAGCAGCUCCUCUUUCACCUAAAGUUGCAAAAGUUAAACGCUGUUUUUGGGCUUCGACUUACUCUUUGCAUUACAUCUGACACAAUCAUCGGUGCGUUUAUCGGCACAGGUGUUCGUUUGAUGGCACUUCCAGUACCAUCUUCACCGCGAGUGAGAGUUCUAGACCCAGCGAUAAAACGUAACAAAACUGUCAUGCGUUUAGUGGACCUUGUGACGCAGCACAUUCGAUUAGGCCGACUUCAACGUCAUAACUCCUCCACACAUGGUGAAGAAAAUGGUUCUUUUUCCUCAACCUCAUCCCUUGCAAAUAGAAUGGAAGAUUCCCGCGCUUCUUUGACAGGGGUUGGUGGUGAAUCUGGUUGUAACUCGGGGAAUGAUCAGGAGCCCCAUGGUAUUAGUGAGGUGGGGAGCGCUUAUGAUUACGUUCUUAACAUUGACGAUGAAGAAGAGGCAGAGAUGAUGCUUGACAUGACUUCCGAUUUACCUUUUGAGGAUAGCCUACUAUUAACAAUACCUUACGUGCCGGAAUGGGUCAAUAUCUAUAGCUCUCAGAAACGCAUUGUGUUAAAUCGUCGUUUUGCAUUUCAGCGAGUACACAAUGCGUCUUUUACUACGGGUAAAAUAAAUGAGUGUUUUGCAGAUGCCAAAAAAGCCUUUGUGCAACUCGCCUGUCGUGUAGCAAUGCGAUGUCACCAAUGUCCAUUGGAGCGUUUGCAUGUGAUGGGGUUUAGUUUUGAUUUCUUUUUUGAACCAAACUCCUGUUCGUUGCAACUGCGAUUGGAGGGUUGUCUUAUGCUGCGUACCUCAUCCCAGCGAGGACGAUUGAUGGAGCUAGAAGACAGCUCUUUUAUGGAAUGUAGGCGACGCGUGGAAUGGUAUACACAUCAUGUACCGCUUGUCUACAACAGUUUUAAUGGGUUAACGGAGUUGCCUCCACCUCCAGUGGACACCAAUACAUUGCAUCAUGCAUCGCUAUGCAGUGCUCCCACCGCAGAUGGGAGUAACAACACGGCUUUGGGGAAUUUUGGCCAUGGUGAGAAAGUCAUUUUGAAGGAUCUUGAACGGAGUAUUUUUGUUGUUAGCAAUGCACCAUAUGCACUUCCUUUUGUAUUUAAACGCAAUGUGUCGCCCCCUGUUUUGUGGGCAAAUGAAGGUGCUAAUGCUACACCUUUUGCCAUGCCUGAUGUGGGUAGUUACAGUAAAGAUAACCGAGCACGUGCAGGAAAGUUGGGACGGCAAUGGCAAGCGUUAAACUUGCUUGUCUUCACAACUAUUCGUAAUUUCAAACAGAAAACAGGUGUGAAAGCAGAUGGUAAAGGAGGUGUUGACGCUCUUCAUCGCGGCAGUGUCAAUGCCCUAGAGUCUGUAGGCAGCGGUGGUCCUAUAUUGCAUGAGCCAGUGCGGCGGCUCCCUAUGGAGAUGAGUACGCUGGAAGCAAACGGUUCUGAGGUAAUUUUUACUCCGUUAGAUUUUGUGGCGGGGAGGGCCAUUGCGAGGUAUGUAGGCCGCCUUUCCCAGCACUUUAUUCGUGAAGCCUACGAAAUACAAUCUACUAGAGACAUUGGUGGUUUCUUUCAGAAAACAGAGUUUGAGAUCCAAUGCAUGGUGCAGGCGAUGGUAUGCCUUAUGGGAGGAAACGCUUUACUGAAGCAUCGUGUGACAUAUCAUGAAGUGUGGGAUUCUGAUGGCUCGGAUUCUGCCUCCGUGUUUGUCACAGUGACGGGGGAUGUGGUACAGACAAGCUUUCUUCCUCUAGCUUCUCUGUCUUUGGAUACUGGUAAUAGUGGUGAAGAAGGAGGCGCAAUUUAA